UUUUUAUCCACACAUUGUUCCCGACAUCAAACAAACGCACACGAGAAAACGAGAUUCAAAUCAGGAACUUGACCAUCACGAACCAAGGAUCUUCCAUCAUAUAAUAUCUCCAUCAAUCGAACUCUCCCCGAAUCGUUUCAAUUUCAAGAUUCUUCAAUCGACUCUUCACGUGUAGUUCUUGAUUUUUGUUGUUUUUGAUUUGUGUAUUUGUAAUCAACGAUAGUUAGGGUUAGGGUUUUCGGAUUUGUUUUUCUUUUUGUGAAGAUUGGUAUGAAGUUAGUAGUUAAACUUUGUAAUAAUCUAAUUGUAAGAAGGGAACUAUUUCUUUAUCGUUUUAUGUUUUUGUUUUGAUUUAAUUUUGAUUUGGCGGUGUAUAACAAUGGAGAUGGACAGCACUUCUCGUGGUAGACCAUUCGAUAGAUCGUCGAGAGAUCCUGCUACACUGAAAAAACCUCGAUUACUAACUGAAGAAACACCGUUUCUUCGCGGCAGUAGUAAUGUUCCUAACGGUGGUGGUAGGCCCCUUGUUCAAAGGCAGCCGGUGUUUGGGUUCCGGUCGACAGCGGAGAGAGAUAGAGACUCAGAAGGCAAUGAUUCAAUAAGGAGUGGAGGAGGUUAUCAGCCCCAAUCGCUAACGCAAUCACAGCUGCAACAGCAGCAGCAUCAUGAGCUUGUGAGUCAGUAUAGGACAGCACUGGCGGAGCUGACUUUCAAUUCAAAACCUAUUAUUACUAACCUGACUAUCAUUGCGGGAGAGAACGUGCAGGCUGCAAAAGCCAUAGCCGCUACAAUCUGCACUAAUAUUCUUGAGGUUCCCCGUGAUCAAAAGUUGCCAUCAUUAUACCUUCUUGACAGUAUUGUGAAGAAUAUUGGGAGAGAUUACAUCAAAUACUUUGCUGCCAGACUACCUGAGGUUUUCUGCAAGGCAUAUAGACAGGUUGAUUCUGCAGUACAUCCUGGUAUGCGGCAUCUUUUUGGGACUUGGAAAGGAGUAUUCCCUCUUCAGUCACUUCAAUUUAUAGAGAAAGAACUUGGCUUCCAAUCAGCUACAAAUGGAUCUUCUUCAGGGUUGGCAGCAUCUAGAUCCGAGCCACAGCCUCAACGCCCUGKUCGCAGUAUUCAUGUAAAUCCGAAGUAUUUGGAGGCGAGACAGAGACUGCAACAGUCAAGUACGGCAAAAGGUCCAACUAGUGACACAAACCUAAUGAACUCACCUGAGGAUACCGAGAGACAAGACAGAAUAACAGCCAAUAUUAGUUCUGUGAGGCCACGUGCAGAUCCUCGGCUUAAGAACAUUCAGCAGGCGCAAAGAGAUGUGGAGAGCACUUGUUUACGUGAGAAUGAUGGUGCACCAUAUAGUGAUUUUGAUUAUUGUUCUGAUGUGUUGAUUCCUUCAGAGGCUAGUUUUGGAAAAUCGAGUGAAAUAGUUGCUGAGCAGGGAUUUGACAAUUCUUGGUAUGGAGCUGGCAGCAAUACUACAGAGACUAUAUCUGGCCAGAGAAACGGUUUUGAUGUAAAGCAUGGAUUCCCCAAUUUGUCAGCCUCUAGAACUGCAAAUGCAGAUGUCAAAUUGCAGCCUAUGAAUAACAUUGCAAGCAAAAGAGGCGGUGAGGCAAAUAGAAGCUGGAAGAACUCGGAGGAAGAGGAGUACAUGUGGGAUGACAUGAACUCACGAUUGGCGAUUCCGGGCAAAUCUGGUAGUAGCUCCAAGAGAGACCCUCGUGCACAUCCCAUGAAUGAAAAGUUGGGUUUUGAGAAUCGCCUCCAGAAACCACAAGGGAUACAAAAUAUUGGUUUAAGGGUUGAUAGAGAAGCUUCAUCUGAUUCACUAUCUGCAAACCAGAAAGAUGGAGCAGUUUUUAGACAGCCAGUGCAAUCAUUAAGCUCUCUUAGAAAUUUACUAGAUCAUGAAGAAGUUCAUUCUACCUCUUUCGGUGGGGUAUCUACAUCUGUUAACUCUCUCUCCAAGACCUCUUUGCAGCCACAGAUGGGCGCCUCUCACGUUGGAACCCAGCCACUUGGAUUUCCUCCAAAUGCAAUAACAGGCCAACGACAUACUCUUGCAGCUGCAUCACCAUCAGGACAAGCACCAACACACCAGCGUCCUCCGUCACCCUCGUUCCCAACAUAUCAUUCAAGUAAAAUAUUGCAUAACUUGUCUGGGCGAGAUCCACCAACGACUCGUCAGCUGGUUGGUGCAGAUGGUAAACCUGCUCGAUCUCGAGGACAAAAGAACACAGGGCUUUCUAGUCAAUCUACUCAAGAUUCUUUUCAAGGGAUAYCUCAGAUUUCCCAUAUGGYCAAUCCUCAAAAACYGCAGAUUCGGAAUUUACAGACAUCCUCWMAUCARUUGCCAUUACAUUCAAAAAARCAUGCUCCUCUCCAUCCAGGAACYRUAUCCGAACCUUCUCAAUCUCCARCCAUMAAGAUUGUUGAUGCAAAYCUUUUGGAUCAUUCAAAAUCUCCUGUUGCARAUAUCCMUGGACCUUCAACUACUGAAAACUUGUUAGCYGCUGUUAGCAGCAUAUUUGGCAACAAGUCUGUUGCUGGUAGUAUUUUGCAGAUGAAUUCCCAAACUGAAUCUAAUUCAGGGCCUCCGCUACCGAGCRGUCCUCCCCCAACUCAAUUUACAUCCUCAGGCCCUAGUGUCAUGUCAUCUCACCCAAGUCCAUCUUCGCGUGACAGCAUAUUGCCUCUGCCACCUGGUCCUCCCUCUCUUGUUGGUAGUACAUCAACGCAGACUUCAAGCAUGGCAACCGCUGUAUCAAAUCCUGUCUCGAAUCUUCUGAGUACGCUGGUUGCAAAGGGCUUAAUUUAUGCGUCAAAAGCUGACACUCCUGACGCAAGUCCGACAAGGAGCCAGAGCCCUAAAAUUGAUACCCCACCAUCACACACAGUUCCUGCAGUAGUUUCCUCAGUGCUAUCCACUUCAUCUAUAAACAAUGAAUCAUCUCUCUCUAAUGUGAAGAGUACUCAAUCCACCACAGUAGAUAUAAAAAGUCUAAUUGGUUUUGAGUUCAAGCCUGAUGUUAUUCGGAGGUCACAUCCUGCCGUGAUCAGUGAACUCAUUGAUCUUCCACAUCAAUGCCACAUAUGUGGCCUAAGGUUUAAACUUCAAGAACGUUUCGAGAGACACCUUGAGUGGCAUACACUGAAAAAUCCUGAAUUCAACACUCCAAAUAAAGUGUCAAGGAGAUGGUUCAGAAAUUCGUAUGAUUGGGGUACAGAGAAGCCUGAACUUCAGUCUAGUGAUCAUAACAUAUUGCCUGUGGAUUCUUUGGAGGCAGCAGUGGAAAUUGACGGUGAGCAGAUGGUCGCUGCUGAUGAAAGUCAAUGUGUGUGCAUUUUGUGUGGUGAGCUGUUUGAUGACUUUUACAGUCAAGAACUGRACAAAUGGAUGUUUAGAAGAGCUGUGCACCUUAAUAUCAAAGAUGGUGAAGCUGGAAAUAUUGGUGGUCCCAUUGUGCAUGCACAUUGUAUUUCCAAAAAUUCCCUUUCUGAUCUGGAGCUAUCCAAUGAUGUCAAAAGGGAAGAGGGUGAGUGAUGAUAUGAUGCUUGAAAGUGGAAACGAAGAUACGAUCAUAGAGGAAAACCAGGUUUGCUAGUGUGCUUAUKUUGGUGCAAAUGCUUUGCAUCAUCUGUUUUUCUGAAGUUUCUUUCUUUUUGGUUCAACUCUUGAUAGAAAGAAAAUUAAUAGAUCCCAGAUGGUCUCCAGUACCAUAUUUUUUACUCCAAUCA